AUGCCAGGAUCCAAUAAUGAUAUUACAGUCCUACACCGAUCCCCACUGUUCUCCAACAUCUACAAUGGAACAACGCCUUCAGUUGAUUUCGAAAUCAAUGGCCAUACGUACAGCACAGGUUACUAUUUGGCCGAUGGGAUCUAUCCUAAUCUCUCCACGCUAGUACAGACGAUUCCUGCUACCGUUGGUCAAAAACGAAAGUACUUCGCUGAAAAGCAAGAAAUUUGCAGAAAAGAUGUGGAACGAGCUUUUGGUGUACUUAUGGCCCGGUUUGCCAUUAUCAAAAACCCGGCCAGAUUGUGGAGUAAAGAAGAUUUAAGAUUUAUGAUGCGCGCAUGCAUAAUACUGCAUAACAUGAUUAUCGAUAAUGAACGCGAUGAUGAUUCCAGCCCACACGACCUCAGCCCAGAGGAAUACUGUGCUAAUCCGGACAUGAGCGAUUUUGCUGGAUUUCUGGCUCAGUAUCAAGAAGUUCACAACUCUAAACUGCAUGAACAGCUCCAAAACGAUCUAAUUGAACAUCUAUGGGCUAUGAAAUGA